AAUUUAAAUAAUUUUUCGACUAAUCUAAAGUUAAUUAAAGCAUAAUAAAUAAUUAUCCACACGUCUUUUACAACAGUUGAACAAAUGAAGGAGAGCGAUAUAGCAUAACUUUUCACAAGGACUCAAAAACAGCAACAACAAAUAAACAUUGAAUUUUUUCUUUUCUCAAACUUUUUUUUGUGUUGAUCACAAUGGAUUUUUGUGAAUUUAUACAGACACCGAAAUUAGAUAGCGUAAUACUACAUCGACAAUUGAAACAUCCAAUAAGAGGAAGCUUAUGCCUAACAUUCUCUCACGUAAUUGUCAGCGCGAGAGAUAAUGAAAGAAAAACUGAUGAUGAAGAAUUAUGGCUUCUACAUCAGAGCAUCGAUACAAUUGAACGAAAACCUUAUUUAGUCAAUGGGCAAUUAAUGAAUGUCAAUGUUCCAGGAAAAGGCCACAAUAUUGUAUUAAAAUUAAAAGACUUGAGGAUAGUGACUUUAGAGAUUCCAACCGCCCAAGAUUUCCUUAGUGUGGCUUCGUCAAUUGAACAAUUGAGUACAUUAAAGGAUCCAAAAACACUUUAUGCAUUCUAUUAUCGUCCAAUUUAUCACCUUUAUUUGGAAAACGGAUUCUCAAUAUUCAGACCAGAAAUAGAAUUUUCAAAACUGCUAGCUUCAGACGAGUGGCGAUUAUCGACAGUCAAUGAGACUUACGAGAUAUGUCCAAGCUAUAAUGGAAAGCUUGUUGUUCCAAAAUGUAUUACAGACGAACAAAUUAUAGCGUCCUCAACUUACCGUGAUCUCGGACGAUUUCCAUUAGUUUGUUAUAAACAUGAAAAUGGCGCAGUUCUUAUGAAGUCAUCACAGCCUAAUGUUAAUCAUACGAGACGAUGUAAAGCUGAUGAAGCUAUCCUUAACUUCUUGUUGAAUAAGACACAAAGAGGAUAUAUUAUAGAUACAACAGGUGGAAAGAACAAAUGGAGUUGUGAAAAUGAGCAGCAUUAUCAUUUAUGGAAAAAGUUUAUUCGUCCAAUUGGAAAUGUUGCUCAUCCAUCAAGCUAUCUUGACUGUUUUUCAAAAUUAAUUGAGGCAUGUAAUGACAUAUCGUCAUCAACUGAAAAAUGGCUUACUAGACUUGAAUCAUCUGGAUGGUUAACAUUAGUAUUAAAUUCUCUGAAUACAGCAUGCAUUGUUGCACAAUGUAUAGCACAGGAAGCUGCACCCGUUUUAGUCCACGGUGGUCAAGGAAUGGAUUCAACACUAAUUGUCACGUCUCUCGUUCAAAUUAUUUUAAAUCCAGACAGUCGAACAUUCCGUGGACUUCAAGCCUUAAUAGAUAGAGAAUGGAUACAAGGCGGACAUCCAUUUGGUACGAGACAUGCUCAAUCAUGUUACACACCAUCACAAAAUCGAGUCAAGACAUCUGGUGCAACUUUUGUUCUGUUCCUUGACUGCGUUUAUCAGCUUUAUCAACAAUUUCCAUUAAGUUUCGAAUUUGAUCCUCAAUUAUUGAUAAUGUUAUUUGAGCAUAGCUACUUCUCACAAUAUGGAACUUUUAUCGUUGACAACGAAAAUGAACGAAUGGAACUUAUGGCAUUUACAAAGACAACAUCAUUAUGGUCGCACCUUAAUCGACCAGAUGUCAUAACUAAUCUCUUAAAUGCUGCUUACGAGCCAAAUCAAUCCAUCAUAUGGCCAUCAGUCGCACCUGUUUCAUUAGUUCUCUGGUCAGAUCUUUAUCUACGAUUUGUUGUUGAGAGUAAUCAAGUUAAAAAGAUUAAACAUCAAGUGGAGACGAUGGUAAGUACUGAAAAGGAAUUGCGGUCGCGUGUGAUACGAUUGAGGAAGCAACUUAAUGAUUUAUUGAAAGAAUACGAGGAGCUUAAUGAUGACAAAGAGAAAAAUGACGACAAUAGUAACAAAAAUAUUAAUGUCAUGAAUGGUGCUAUUUAACUACUUUACUUUAAAUUUCCAAGUAACAAUUAUUAAAAUUUUGGUCAAUUUUGUGGACAAAACGGAAGUGCAUUUUUUGCCAUUGAAAAUCUUGUUGACAAAUAACGUUUGCAAAUUAUUUGAAGAAUACCGGUUAUUAUAGAUUCAAAUAUUUUAUUAACCGAUUCAAAAAAUAACGGCAAUAAUAAAUUUGAAGUUGAACCGUUUUGUAAUAUUUGAAAAACCGAUUUUGAAAUGCUAACGGUAAUUUAGUAUGAAUUAAUUGAGAAAAAUGCACUCUAAUAAAUUACCUAAUUUCACAUUAUGAUGAAACUCUCUGCAACUUUGCGGUCUAAAAUGCUUUAAUAUUGCAUUUUUUUAUAUGCCUUUAUUAUCAAAACAAAAAAAGAUUAAUUAUUAUUUCAUGACUAUAAAUUCAUUAUUUCCCAACUCUCUGUACUGCCGAUAUUCUUGCAAUAUGAGGCUAUGAAUGAACCCGAUAGAUAGUGUAUGUAAAUAAAUUAAAUGUGUCUCUCUAUAUUCACUAAUAUUUAAGAUGAUAACAAAUAACCAAUUGCAAUUAAAGAAUUUCAAGAUCAAUUUUUAUUUCUAAAAGGAAUGUCGCUAAAAAUAGAUGUAUUAAAAAUGAAUUUAAAUGAAUAAUGAUAAUAACUAUGAGUAUGAUAAGAUCUAUCUUAGAUGUAUCUAGUCAUAUGUGAUUUAUGUUUUCCUGAAUUUAUGUACAACGAUGUAUUACCAGAAAUUGGAAUCGAUCAAUUAAAUUUUAACUGUAAACAGAUAAUUUAAAAAAUGUUGUAAAACCUUUCAACUCCUUGAGUUUUCG